AUGCAGUACCAGCAGCAGCAGACAGCAGCAGCAGCAGCAGCAGCAGCAGUUAUGCAGAUACAGCAGCAGCAGGAGAUGUAGAUGUACCAACAACAGCAGAAGAAGCUGCUGUAGAUGUACCAACAACAGCAGCAGCAGCAGCACAGGAUGCUGCUACUUGUGAGCGCCUACAGGCGAGUCUAUUGGAUGCUGCAGCAGAAGCAGCAGCAGAAGCAGCAGCAGAAGCAGCAGCAGCAACAGCAGCAGCAGAUGCAGAUGCUGCAGCAGCAACAGCAGCAGCAGCAGCAACAGGUGCAGCAGAGAAUCUAGCAGCACUAGCAGCAACUUGUGUGCUGCCUCCUCUAGGUAAACAUGAACUAGAAGAGGCAGCAGACAGCAGCAGCAGCAGCAACAGCAGCAGCAGCAGCAGCAGCAGCGACAGCAGCAGCAGCAAUAUAAAGAGACCUAAGUUGCUGUAA